GCGGCCGAGUCCGCCUGGGACGACGAGCAGUCCGACUUCGUCUGCAACACCAAGCAGCCCGGCUGCGAGUCCGUCUGCUACGACAAGUCCUUCCCCAUCUCGCACUUCCGCUACUUCGUGCUGCAGAUCAUCUUCGUCUCCGCGCCCACCAUCUUCUACUUCGGCUACGUGGCGCUGCGGUCCAGGCGGGACAAGAAGAGGGGCCGGCAGGAGGGGCCGGGGGAAGAGGGCGGCGGAGCAGAGCGGGUCGAGGAAGAGAAGACUGGGGGGAAGGAGAGGCUGGUGCAGGAGUCCCCCUCCCUGAGAGGUGCCUUACUCUGGGCGUACGCCAUCAGCACCUUGGUCAAAUUGGUCACGGAGGUGGGGUUCUCCUUAGGGCUGUGGUACCUGUACGGCUUCACCAUCAGUGCCCGCUACGUGUGUGAGCGCUCUCCGUGCCCGCACAAAGUGGACUGCUUUGUCUCCCGUCCCACCGAGAAGACGAUUUUCACCAUCUACAUGCAGGUGGUCUCCGCCGUGUCCGUGCUGCUGAACGUGCUGGAGCUGCUGCACCUCCUGCGCAAGGGGAUCGUGCUCAGGCUGGAGGACAUGUACCGGUUCAAGGACGAGCGGCUGGUGGAGAUAGCCAUGACGCCAAGGCUGGGGUCCCCGCAGGGCUCUUCCCCGCUCCACCCAGAGAAGGGCUACAUGUACCUGCCCUUGGACAACGAGGUUCCCAGCAGCACGCGUCUCCCACAGCCCUGUCAGAGCAACAACGUGCUGGGCAUUGGGUCUGCGGACUGGGAGGGCCAGGCCGAUCCAAAGAGCACCGCACCUGUCCCGCAUGAACUCCCCAGCUACAACUGUGUGGUCACAAUGAAGCCUUCCACCCCAAGGCCUUCUCAGUCCUCAGGGAAGAAGCCAGGGAGCAGGAGCUCAAAAGGCAGUAAAGGGAAAAAGGGUCAGUAUGUUUAGGGCAGUUUAGAGCACUAGUUCUGAAUAGAGGCAUGUGUGCACAUGGGAACAGGUGGGAGAAGCAGCCUGAAGGGGCAGGAUGGGGCCCAGCCUCAGGACUUGUCCGUGGCUGGGAGAAACUCAGGCCAGGCGGGCUCUGACCCACACGCGAGGUCCUGUGCACGUUUGGGAGCUGGACUUUGAAAUCUCUUGGGAUCAAACCAGGGAUGGGCAGCAACUUGGGAGUGGCUUCCUCUUGAACCGGCAACGUCCUGGGACUGCAGCAAUCCCAGCAGGCCGUUCAUGGCAAGAGGUGCUCCAGUGUUCACUUCUGCUUUUGUUGUCAUGGAGACACUUUUUCAAAUGGUAGCAAAACCACUGAACACGCAAAAAGCUAAUGCUUGUAAAAAAACACUCUCUGGUGCUAGGAGAAUAUUUAUCAGACCUGUGUAUUUAAGCAUAAGAAUUUACCAAAGAUAAAAUGUGAUACAUGCAAGGUGAAAUGAACGACAAAGAGUUUGAGAUUCAACAAAGUGGAAGUUUACAAUCGGUACAGAAGUGUUGGUAUUCAAAUGUGUUUUAAAGAGGUGAAACGACAACCGUACAAUAAAGAAUUGAAAUCCG